AUGUUUAGUCAUCCUGGCUUUGACCAUGUUAAUGACGAAUCUAUGCUGGAUGCUCAUGGCAGUGUCCUACUGAUCCUCCCAAUAUUAGGAUUCGUCGGGCAUCUCAUAUACAAUAAAUAUGCAUACGGCAUCUCCAGUAUCCCCGGCCCAUUCUUCGCGGCGUACACAGAUCUCUCGAGAUUCCUUGUCGUUUGGGGACGCCGUCCCGAACGUAGACACGUGGAGCUUCACAAGAGAUACGGUCCAUUGGUGAGAUUGGGCCCGAAUUGUGUCUCUGUGUCGGAUCCAGCAGCUAUCAAGACCAUCUACGGGCUGGCGUCGGGAUAUGUUAAGGUAGGCCCUACGCAGAGAAGGCUACAGCCUAGCCUCUCAAGACAUUUGUCGAAGAUGACCAAAGGGAGACGUUGGCUAACUACCUCCUACGAAGGAAAACAGUCUUCUUUCUAUACUGUCCAACAACAGGCUGUAUCUCGAGAUGGACAUCUAUUGCAGGGCAUGUUCAACACCACGGACGAACAGUACCAUGCUAUGCUGAGACGAGCCGUGAACAACGCAUAUGCAAUGAGUACACUCGUGCAAUUCGAGCCAUUGGUAGACUCGACAACGACCGAGUUUUUCAAACAACUCACACGUCGCUAUGCCGAUAGGUCAGACCAGAUCUGUGACUUGGGCGAGUGGCUACAAUUCUACGCUUUCGAUGUGAUCGGAGAGCUCACUUUCUCCAAGAGAUUGGGUUUUGUCGAGCAUGGCACUGAUGUGGACGACAUCAUCAGCAAUUUGGAAAGUGCUCUAGGGUAUUUCGCUGUGAUCGGUCAAAUCCCCAUGCUCGACAAACUGCUAAUGAAGAACCCCAUUCGGAUGUAUCUCAGCCGGUGGGGAGUCAUCAACGCGACAUCUCCCGUAGCAGUGUUCGCGAAGAGCCGCAUGUCCAGCCGUCUCACGGGGCUGGAAGAGAAGCCACCGGGAACACCUUGGACGAAAUCCAGUACCGACACGAGCACGCGAAGAAGAGACUUCCUCUCCCGCUUCCUCGAAGCCGGCGACAAAGACCCGGCAUUCAUGACACCGGAGCGAGUCCUGUCCCUGACGUCCGCCAACGUCUUUGCAGGGUCCGACACGACGGCCAUCACGCUGCGGGCCAUCUUCUACUAUCUCCUCAAGAACCUUCACACACUUGGCGCGCUGCGUAAGGAGAUCGCACAGGCAGAGACAGACGGUGUGUUCACACGCGACGACAAGCUCGUCCGAUGGGCGGAGGCCAAUUCGCUACCGUACCUCGGUGCCGUGAUCAAGGAGUCGCUGCGCAUCCACCCGGCCGCGGGUCUGCCACUUGAGCGCGUCGUUCCCCACGGCGGUGCAACCAUUUGUGGGCGAUUCUUUCCCGCGGGCACGAUCGUGGGGUGCAGUGCGUGGACGAUCCACCGAGACCGCGGGGUCUUUGGUGAGGAUGUCGAUGUCUUCAGGCCCGAGCGCUGGUUGGAAGACCCUGUUCGCGCCGCCGAGAUGAACCAGGUGCUGUUCUCCUUCGGUGCGGGCGCAAGAACCUGUGCUGGCAAGAACAUCAGCUACCUGGAGAUGUACAAAUUGGUGCCUGCGAUGCUCAGGACCUUUGACAUUCAACUUGCCUAUCCUGAACGCGAAUGGAAGCUGGACAAUAGAUGGUUCGUGAAGCAGAGCGAAUUCUACGUUCGGCUGACCACGAGAGGCACCAGAAGAUGA